AAGGCAUCAGUCGCAGAGCCUGAUGCCUAUGAUGGAAAAUACGACACCUUUGAUCCUUUUAUGAGCCAGCUCUAUCUAUUGUUCUCUGCCAAACCAGCCGUCUAUGUUAACGACCAGAUGAAGAUUGUCACUGCCUUAUCCUUUAUGAAGAAUGGCUUUGCAGGAACUUGGAUGACCAACGUUACGAAGCAGUUGAGAGAGGGAACUGUUACAUUCACAAGCUGGACGGCAUUCAAGAGGAAGUUGAAAGAAGUGUUU